CUGGGGGUGCUGGCUGCUCUUUCUCAUGUCUACCCCCUCUUUCUCUCUAUUUGACUUGUACGCACUGUUUGCUACUCUUAUUCUACGAGGUGUGAGAACGGAGUGAUGUGUGGAUUAAUUUGAUGUAACCCUGGGCUAGCCCUCACGAACUAAUGUGUUGUAACGUCUGAAAAACAUGUUUUGUUUAUCCCAUCUCCCAUCUCUAUCUUCCUUUCAUCCCUGUAUUCCUUUACUUUUACGAAUUACUACCAUACUUAGUUCCACUAUCUGUCUUUUCUAGUCGUGGGGACAGUGGACAUCGCAGUUCUUCCUCCAGUAACCCAACCCUUGGCAGCAACUGUGGGGAGAUGUACAGUAACCUUGGUGACCUAUUUGUGGGUGGAGCCUUUGUGGGAGAGUCUCAACGUAGACAUUCUUUUGCUGAGGGAGACGAACUUAUUGUCAUUCGUGGAACAGGAACCAGAGACUCAAUCAUCCCUGUGGGAGGUGGGACGGGCAGUGCAGACUACAACAACGUUGGUCCAGAAGGUCUGUCUCUGUCUGGAGAAGAGAAGGAGCGGUCGUCAACAGUGACAGGACAGGAGGAAGCUCUCUACACUAAUCCUAACAAGGUGGUGGCUACACUCAAUCUGGAGGUCGGGAGCAGCAAGAGAGCGUUAAAUAGUGGCUACUACAAUGUCGGAAUGCCAGGUGUGUCAGCUAAGGGCAAGAGUGCUGUACCACUGCCACAGCCUGGGGGUGUGGUCCCACCUCCACCAGGAGAGCUAGGUGACAGCGAGGACUACAUGAAUGAAGAGCCAGAAGGUGUGUUUCACACCUACUCCAACCACAAAGAACUUCUGGAGCAACUGCAAGCAGGAAAUAAUCCUGUACCUGAACCAGCUCUCCAGAACACUGAGUCAGUUACUGUACCUGGAGGAGAGAAGAAGAUCACAGUCAUGCUGAAAAACAUUAUUUCCAAGACUCCAUUUUUGAAGAAAGGUCCCAGUGAGAUCCACUCCCAAACUAUCACUGAAACAGACCGACAAAAGACACUCCAGCCAUUUGCUCUUGCUGGGAAUGCACAGGCUGGCAGAGACUAUGAGGCUUUCUUCAAGACAAGUGCCUGGGGUGCAAAUGAAGGGAAGCCAGCCAUGACGCCAUCUGACUCAGCCUCUGAAAGAACUAGUGCAGCCCAAGAGGUGCCAAGAAGAUUAGACUUGUCUCAAUUCAAGGCCAGCCCGGAUAAACCCGAGACUGGGAAGGUAACUGAGGACAAAGGACAUCCUCAGAGACCACAGAGAGUUUUCCCGACUGCAGAGGCUACACAAGACACUAGAACUCCCACUCCCACUCAUGCUCCUUCCUCAAGUCCAAGUGGUCAUGCUCCUCAGUUAUCAUCCCGGCGACCCUUGCCCUCUCAUACACCUGUGGAAGCCAAGAUAUCCAUACCCACACCCCUCAGAGUCGCUCCACCUCUUGGAGUCCCCAGGAAUCCUCCCUCCCCCAGGCCACAUCGCCUGGUUGGACCCGCUAGGUCAGUGGAUCAGGCUCCUCCUCCUCCUCACAGUAAUGACCACAAACCGACUCCCCUGGUCCCCAGACCUGAGAGUUCCGUCUCAUCGGAAAAGAGUGGUGGUCGUGGUGUGGGUGUAGCCAGGGGCAGGCUUCCACCUCCCAGACCUCCACCGUACAUUCCCCCACUAACAGAGAGAAAUCAAAAGAUUCCAUCAGAAAGUAAAGUGCGGUCAUUGAUGCCGUACUGGUACCGACCAAAUAUAACAAGAGAGGAGGCUAUCGAACUAGUGCGACAGAUGGACAGUGGAGCUUUCAUUGUGAGAGACAGUCAGACCGUGUCAGGAGGCUAUGCUCUCACUAUCAAGGUCACAGAGGCUAUUGUUCGCCAGCGGAAGAAGCUGGGGGACACAGCAAAGGUCACGGAGGACAUGUGUGUUACUCAUUUUCUCAUUCAGCCUGAUCCUGAAGGGGUUAAACUGCAGGGAUGGAAUGAGAGAGCUUUCAAGAGCCUGGCAGAGUUCAUAGCUAACCACACAGCCGACAAGCUCUGUCUUCCCUGCAAACUUGUACUUCCUAAAGCAGGAGGUGGGGGAGGGGUGAGUGGGGAAGGUGGGAGAGGGAGAGGAGGGGAGAGGGAGGGAGAGGUGUGAGAGGAGGAGAGGGUGGGGAAGGAGCACACCAGGUACGACGGAGACCUGUCACAAUGCAAGAAGCUCUCAAAACUGGAGCAGCGUGUGACCUGGUUUACCUUGGGAGUGUUGAUGUACCAGGGCCAGGGUCAGAGGUCAUGCUGGCAGAGACAGUUCGACAGCGAAAGUCUCUUGACAUUUCAGUCUCAGUGGUGACUUUUAAAGCAGCCAAAGAGGGCAUCACAAUCUCUGACAAUGUCAGUGGGUUGUAUAUCAAGAGACAGUACCCCAUCUCAUCUCUUACAUACUGUGGAGCUGAUCCCAAUGACACAAGAUGGGACUUUCCGCAGCUCCAACAUCUUGGGGAGUCCAUUCCAAUCACUAAUGCUCCCGUGUCCAUGGACCACCCAAGACUCGAUACUGCACCCAUGGAGUACCUGCAGAUGCUUUGGUGUGUUUACUCGCCUCCCGGACAGUGGAGGUCACUCUUGCCUCCUGUUCGCCCAGUACUCACCCUCCCAGCCUGUCACAUCUGUCCUCUCUUACCUUCACCAAGUCAUGCGACAGAGACAGCGACAGAACUGAGCUCUAAACUGAGCAGACACUGCUAAGUAAUGGGUGAAAGGUUUUAAAUUGUCUCAAAUGUGAUAUUUUAACAGUGUUUUCAUAGGUGUUGAAUCAGUCUGUUCACAUGAUAUCAAGUCUAAUUUUGGAGCCCUCUAGCUAAUAUUUUUUGACUGCGAGUUGCAGAUGCUAUCAUUCAUGCACAAAAAACACAUGAUGUCGCAGUAUGGACUUAUAGCAAAGAAUAUUGUUAUACAAACACGAAAAGUAACUCAGUCACAACAGUUCAAUAGCGAAAGUGCGAGUAUCCCAAGUAGUAACUGCGAAGAUACGGUCAGCAGACAGGUGCGCGAAGUGGGCGUCGUUGCAGACCCGCCUUCCGUCGUAGCAACUGUUGUGAUCGGUGGGAAAACCAGGUUAGAUGGGUCUUCUGGUCCAAAGCACAGCGUGGAAUUACGCUCAGGGAAGUUUUCGCACUCCAGAAACGGUGGCCACCCCACCGCCGUGUUCUCGUCGACUAUUUGUUCGCAGCCGACACGCGCGGCCUCGCAGAGGUUGCGGCACGGCACAAUUGUAGUGUUUUCUUCCGUUUCGCCAACCUUUCCGCAAAAGGGAAAGUAAAAGAGCAGAGAAAAUGGGCAAUUGCGUUGGAGCAGGGGGUGCCCUCUGUCCAGAGCCGAGCAAAAUCGGCCAUCUCCUUUUCGGCCUCGUCUUGCGUUUCAUGCAUCCGUAAGUUUGGAAAAGCCGUUUGGUUGUAGCCUGUGUCACGGCAUAGCGGUUGGUUUACGUACGAACACUUUAGGUUAUCUGUCGGUAAUGGUAAAACGGUAGCAGUUGAGUUGGACGUCACCGAUGUCGCUAAAGUGACUAAAAAUACGAUACAGCUGAGCAUCCUGAUGAGGUCUCAGACUAGACCAGGCCGGUAGCUUCGCUUCUCGCCGCUAGCGCUUUUAUCGAUGCAUCACGCGCAUGCGUUUUUGGGAGCGGGAGCGAGCAUACAUCGGUAUUUGCACAUCCUAGCCUAUACCAGCACCUUCGAACAGCGAAGAGCUAUAGCUUCAAUCAGGCGUCGAAG